AAAGAAAGAAAGAGGAAAGGAAAGAGAGAGAGAAAGAGGAGGGGUUGUCCUCCUCCUCCUCCUCUUCCUCCUCCGCCUCUUUGGCUGCUGUCUCUCUCCCGAGUCGGAUUUUCCGCCCGAAGGCAAGGGAUGGCCUCCUCCUCCUCCGCUGCCCCUCCUAACUGAGUCCCGCCGACUUUUGGGGGAAAGCAAGGUCUGGGGCCGGGGAGAGCAGGCCGGCUCGGGCUCUCCCCCUCCCUCGCCCCCUCAAAAGGGCCCCUCCGAUUGCCGCGGGUUGGCCCCCGAGAUGAUGCAGCAGCAGCCGCCUCCUCCUCCUCCUCCUCCUCCGCCGCCGUCCCAGGACGAGUCCCGUUCUCCCGCCUCGCCCGCCGACGACAGCCUCAGCAACAGCGAGGAGGAGCCCGACCGGCAGCAGCAGCAGCUCCCCAACAAACGAGGGGCGCGCAAGAGGCGAUCCAGCCGCAGGAGCCUCGCUGGGAACGGAGCGGGGACGGGAGCGGUUUCAGCGCCCGGCUCGGCGGAGGAGCCCUGCAGCCCGGCGCAAGGCAAGCGGGGCAAGAAGUGCGGCGGCGGCGGGGGCAGCGGGGGCGGGGGCAGCAGCAGCGGCGGGGGCAGCCCGCAGUCCUACGAGGAGCUCCAGACGCAGCGGGUGAUGGCCAACGUGCGGGAGCGGCAGCGCACGCAGUCGCUGAACGAGGCCUUCGCGGCGCUGCGCAAGAUCAUCCCUACGCUGCCCUCGGACAAGCUGAGCAAGAUCCAGACGCUCAAGCUGGCCGCCCGCUACAUCGACUUCCUCUACCAGGUCCUGCAGAGCGACGAGCUGGACUCCAAGAUGGCCAGCUGCAGCUAUGUGGCCCACGAGCGGCUCAGCUACGCCUUCUCCGUCUGGCGCAUGGAGGGCGCCUGGUCCAUGUCGGCCUCCCACUAGCCCCGCCCGAGGCCCCCUCGCCCCACGGGCCCGCCGCCGGAACCAGAUGACCUCGUUCCUCAAGGAGGAGAGGAAGAGAAACGGACACUCUAGAGACUCUACCUUUGGAUUCCGGGGGUUCCCUUUGAGCCCUUCUUUCUUUCUUUCUCCCCCCAAAGACGAGAUCGAGCCCAAGAUUGGCUUGGAAACGUGGAACCUGAUCUGGGCCAAAAAUCAGGGAGAUUGAGAGAGCCUUUGGAGGCGAGAGACCCUUUCAGACGGCGAGCUGGCUGCUCCAGAACAAAAAAAAGAACACAAGAAAGAUUGAGAGAAAGAGAAGGAGGCUGGGUGAGCCUACCAGACACAUCUCUGCAUUCUGAUCGAAAUCUGAACCGGUUUAUUUCUCUCUCUAUUUUUUUUCCUAUUUUGACGAAGAAUGUUGGAAUUUCACUUCUCCCUUCCCUUGACUUCCUUAAAUUUUUUUUUGCCCUUGUUCUUGCAUGCAUUCACCCCCAAGAGACCUUACCGAGCCACUAGUGAAAGGAAAUACAUGACUGUGGACUUCCCCCCUUCUUUCAUAUACGAUAUUAUAUAUAAACACAGAUCCAAGGACCACGAAAUCCGGGAGGGAGCGAGAAAGAGGGGAAGAAAAUAUAUUUUUUUGUUUAGGAUAGUCAAACAUUAUCGACUCCAACUUUUUUUCUAAACCCUAUCUCGUUCCUCAUUUGUUUUGAACCCUCCCUGGACAAAAAAACAAAACUAUAUAGAAAAGAGGGAGUGGGGAAAAAAACCACAAUUGAAACAUUUUAUUUAUUUAUUGAUGACCCAUGUUAAAAUGCAAAUAGAUCCGGUGUCUAAAUGCAUUCUUAUUUUUACAAUUGCUUUUGUUGUCGUCGUUGUUGUAAAUAUUAUUGUAUAUUUUUUUUCUGCAAUAAAUAAAUGGAAAUGUUAAAGCA